CAGACUGUGUCUUCUUCCUCCUGAUUCUCCCCAAAUAGUUACAGUUGUCCCUCAGCUCCCCAAGGACAGCUCACAUUCUCCAUACUUCCCCGGCGAAUGGCUAAGGGAAAGUGACGAGCCAAGCUUAGAUGCGGGCUCUGGACUGAGCACACCUGGGUAGAGAGGCUGCGUGUCCCCUUGGUCUGCUGCUGAUGCCUGCAGGAGAACGAGGCUGCUGUGGCCACACUGUGCACAGAAGGCAGCCUUGACCACCAGCCACAGCUGGCGUCAGAGAUCCUCACGCUGACUCUUAGAUCUCUACUCACUGGUCUUGUUGCCCCAACCACUUCUCUCCUGGAUUCAAGGCAAUGUUGCCUCAAAACAAGGACCAGGUGCUGCUACAGAACGCAGUACCCCCAGGGUGUCCCCCUCAGGUCCUCUCGCAGUUUGUCGGCUCCCCUCCACCCAACCUAGCAUCUCUUGCUUCCCAUCAGCCCAUCCCUUCUCCCCACCUUCCUUUGCCCACCACCACACAGACUUAUUUAUUCUCUUCUCUGACACAGACCCGCUCUCCUGGGCCUCACUUAUACUCUUCUGACUCAAAUUCUGACUUUGUUCCUCUUCCCUACUCUUCCUCUCUCCCAAGAUCCUCUUCUUGCUUUCGCACAAACUAUACCGUCUUUGGUGAAAAACACCCCUCCCCACACUCUACCUCUCCCUCGAACUAUCAGCUCUGUCUCUCUCCGCCUCUCACCAGCUCCUCCUCUCUUUCCCAGCUACAAAAUUCCUCUCCUCACCCCUGCCAGACCCCUUCCCACCUCCAGGACUUUCAAAGCUCCACAAUCACUUCCCCUAGCCCCGGUGCACCUUCUCGAGGGAUCCAGAGUCACAAGCAAGCAUGGCAGUGGCCUCAAUCCAAAAACAUCAGGUCCUCUGGGGUGGCAAGGGGAUGUGUGCCAAGCAAGGUGGACCCUGCAGAAUUCAAGGACCCAGGGGCCCUCGCCCAAGCCCUGGUGGUCCAUGUGGGGCACCGCAGAAUUGCACGAGACCUGCAGCUACAGUUUCUGCAGCGCCUGUGGCUAGGCACAACCGGCCCAGCUCCAGUCGUGGAGUACCCCAUAUGUCUAGUGUGCCUCCAGCCCCGCACCCCAUCUUGCCCCACCCCCAAGUACAAGACUGUACCCCGGCUGCUUGCCUUCCCUCAACUACUGCCCUGUGCCCAGGGCCAGGAACCUGGACCUCUCCGAAUAGGCAUUGGCUUCGGCCUCCGCCUGCCCCGGGGCCAGGCCAAGGCAUUGCAUCUACUGCCAAAGAAAAAUCCAGAGGGAGCAGGGGCUCAGGAAGAGGUCCUCCAGAGUCAAGAGCCUGCAACCCAGGCAUCAGUUCAAAUCACCGGCACAUUCUUCCAGGCCGGGAGUCUCCGGUCUGUAAACCCUCAAUCACCAAAACCCAGCCAGUGUUCCAGGUCUCUACCUCAGGCACCAAGACAGGCCAGCGCGUCCCCAAAGCCCAGGCCUUCUGUCUCAAAGAGGUCUGUGCCCCUAGGGUCUACUCUUCGAAAGCCGCCAUCUUAAUUCCAGAGCAGCGGAGACCCUCUGGAACACCCCUUCCAAAUCCUACCCUCCCUACCAGGACUUCUCAGACCUUGGGAAGCCACAGAGACACCUUGAAGGGCUGGCUGGCCGGAAGCCAGGUGUGUUCUCCUGCCCUGAACCCUGGGAACCCCUUGUGGAGUCUGCUUUCCCCUAGUUGAAGAGACCAGAGGCCCAAGGCCUCAUUCAGCCUUCAGUGUAUCCAAUAAAGCCUAACCCUGA